UAGUCUUCGUCCUGUUGGUUAUCCGGUUUGUACUGUUUUGCCCCACCGUGGGUCUUUGUUUUGUGUUUUGAUUAUUUAAAUAAACGUCUUCUGUUAACCCCUUCACUGCCAUUGCCUGCAUCUGGGUUCUCUUCCCCCACCAUCCGUGACAGAAUCCACGAGCCAAUUCAGAACCCAGUGGGCGGCAUGGAGUCGGAUGAGGCGUACAGGAGCCGCCAGGCUCACGUCCUGUUCAGCUUACGCCAGAGGGGGACCCCGUGAAAGACUUAGCCAUGGACUUCCUGUCCACCGCGCGCUACUCGGGGUUCACCGAGGCAGAGUUGAAGGUAAUAUUCAACAGCUGCCUCGAUGAACCCUUCGAGCCAGCAGAGAUGCGCCGGUUGAGACCCCUGGGCUUCGUGAACCAGGUCCAACUCGCGAUGAAUCGUGAGGAGCCCAGGGGAAUGUCCAUGGCAGAGCCUCUCACGGGGCUGGCAGCUAUCCCCGAGGACAGCCCCUUGCGGAUUGGGGUUGUGGGCGUCGCCACACCGUCCUCUCCGCCGCCAGCAAGCCUCGGCGGGAAGCGGGGGAGACGUGAGUCCUGGGGCUCCACGUCUGAAGAGUUCCAGCCGGAGCCAGCCGCACCCUUUGCCUCUUUCCUUCAGCCGACCUCCAGGCGGGUGGCUCGGCUGAAGAGAAAGAGGCAGCGGCGGGCAGCGCGGACUUCCCUCCCUGCCGGAGCAGCAGCCGGCGUCCCAGCCAGUGCAUCAGCCGGUGUCCAGUCCGGUGAUCCAGCCAGCAUCCAGUCGGUGAUCCAGCCGGCGUCCAGUCCGUUGAUCCAGUCGAUGUCCAGUCCAGUGUCCAGUCCAGUGCAUCCGGCAUCCAGUCCGGUGCAGCCGCCGGCAUCCAGUCCGGUGCAGCCGGCAUCCAGUCCGGUGGUGCAGCCGGCGUCCCAGCCAGUGAUCCAGCCGGCGUCCCAGCCGGUGCAGCAGCCGGCGUGAAGCCCUGUCCAGCCGGCCUUCCAGCCGGCGUCAAGCCCUGUCCAGCCGGCCUUCCAGCCGGGUCCCAGCAUUGUCCCGCCGAUGCUCAAGUCGGCGGUCCCCCCCAGGACUUCCCCCACAGAAUCCCCCAGGACUCCGUGCCCUCGAGCGCAGCCAGGGAUUAAAAGUGUUCCCCCAUGAACCUUGUUGUUCCCCCCUCCCCUCCCUUGUUUAUUGUUUUUGUUAUCCCACCCUAGUCCUGUGGUUAUCCUGUCUUGUUUGCCCCUGAUAUUAUUUUCUUUGUUUUGCCUUGUCCUGUCUGUCACCCAGUCUGUCUUGUCUUGUCCGCCUACCCAUUGGUGAGCACCUGGAGGUGCUCAUUAAGGGGGGGGGCUUCUGUCAUGGCUCUGCCUCACUUAGUCAUGUUUUUCUUGGUCCUGUGGGAGAGCCAUCGCAGAGCCUUUGGUUAUGUGUGGAGAGAAACAUAUUAUUGUACUUUUGACAAUAAUAUGCGUUCUCUCCAGUGUCUUGUCAUUGGCCCCGCCCCUCUCAUUUCCCGUAUUACUUCCCGGCCGUGUUCCAUUACCCUCUCAUGCCCUGUGUCAUUAUCCCUCGUUUGUCUUUUCUAUAUACUGUAUACCCUCUUGUUUCUUUGUCCUGUUCUCGUGGAUUGUACUGAGUAUGUGCUACGUUUGAUGUGCUUACCUGUUUAUGGUGUCUUCGAUUACGUUCUAUGUGCUCCAUGUUCGCUGUGUUCCUGUUUUGCUGUAUAUCCCUUGUCCAGUAGUAAGUGUUCAGUCAAGUUUGUUUCUAGUGUUGUUUAUUUUUUUAGUUUAGUGUCAGUUAGUCUUCGUCCUGUUGGUUAUCCGGUUUGUACUGUUUUGCCCCACCGUGGGUCUUUGUUUUGUGUUUUGAUUAUUUAAAUAAACGUCUUCUGUUAACCCCUUCACUGCCAUUGCCUGCAUCUGGGUUCUCUCCCCCCACCAUCCGUGACAGCUAUCACUUAGGUAACAGAAGUGAAUGGCUUAUAAAGUGUAUGUAGCUCUUUCCCAACACCACAGACACAUGUGGUUCUUUAAAACGGGCAUUCAUUUAUCUUCCUUGUGGCCUCUGCACUUCUGCACCUUUACACUUUCGCCUUUAAGCCUUGGCUUUAUGCCGUAACAACUGCAAAUUAAUACAUUCUCAAAUCAUAUCAUACAAAUAGACCAGAUACAAAUGACACUUUCAGUGCUUUGAAUACACAUGACAAAUACCUCGUUGACCACUUUGUUGUGAAAGAGAUCUUUAGUCCAUUUAAGCUGCAACAUAAAACUUAAAAUAAAAAAACAAUAUUAGCAGAGCCUCACGAGGCAUCCGCUCCUCUUUAGUCCAUCUGUCAGGAUUCUGUCCUUCCCGAUUUACCAAGCCCUGUCGUGUGUGGAUUACUUUUGGACUUUGCUUAUUUUUGCCCCAUCGUGGGAAGUAUUUGUUCGAGUUCUUGUUUGUUAUCAUUUUUCCCCAUCGUUGGUCUAUUAUUUAAAUAAAAGUCUUUGUUUGAAAGCCUGGCUGUCUGCACUUGGGUUCUGUCAGUUCCAUGAGAGAACGCAACGCCCAAACAUGAACCCAGCAGGCAGCCCUUCAUCCCAAGAGUCUGCUCACCACCAGCAUUGGUGGAGGUUGACCCAUGAGAGGAUCCAGACGGGCAAGGGUCCGUUUCCCCCUCAGGGCAAUCUAACCCUUGGAGACUACGCCCGGGACUCUGCAGCGAGGAGGGGUUGUCUCCUUGAGCUCCUCCAUAAUGCCUUCUUCAUUGUGGGUCUCAAGAAUCCUCUCCCUCUAGCGAAGCAGGAGAGUUUGAUCCGCGGGUCAUUCCAGGGGCUGGCAGAUGACCUCAACCAGACCAAGAGGGAGGACUCCAGGGUUUCUUCGACCCUCUCAUGUUCCUGUCUGUCCUCCAUCCCGGAGGGUUCCGUGGUGGCUGACGCUACUCUGGGGAACUCUGCUCAGCACACCUCGGUUCCCAGAGGUCCGACCCCGCCAGUCAGCCUUGGAAGGUUACCACAGAGAGCAGGAUGCAGUUCAUGGCCAGACCUGAUAGUAGAGCGGAGAAUGGAAAGCGGCGACCUGACAAGAGCUGAGAUGAUAGAGCUGGAUAAAGAAGGACGUGGUCACUUGACACGUCUUCACCACAAAAUUUCACUGGAAUCCCCUGGUUGGGCCUGGGUUCUCCUGAGGUUUUUUUUCUCCAUUGGAGUUUUGGGUUCCUCGCCACCGUUUGCAUACUGUUUUUUUGCACUAUUUGCCUGGCCGGGGGGGGGGCUGCUUUAGAAUUAGAAUUUUAAAGUUUUACUUAAUUAAUAUCGCAUAUAGGAAUUUAUAGUCUGCUAUAUUUGACCCGUGCUUCUCUCUCCUUUAUCUUAAAUGUGUGCUCUCACUGUGCGUGCCUGUGUCUGUGUGUGUGCGUACUUGUCUGUGUACGUGUGUAUGUGCGUGCGCUUCCGUGUGUCUGCAUGUCCGUGUGUGUGUGUCUAUGUCUAUGUGUGUUAGUACGUGUGCAUUUUGUGUGUGUGGUCUGUCUUAUGUGUUCACCUUUUUCUUGUUUUUACAGGUAUAACUUUAAUUGUUAUGCUUAUAGUCAAUAUGAGUCAAUAUGUCUCAUGUACAGCUGCUUUGUAACAAUGAAAAUUGUAAUAAGUACUAUAUAAAUAAAGUUAAGUUGAGAAGGGAGUCGUGUGACUCCCCAUCCGACUCCUCCAGCGCGGAGCUUGCCACGCCCCCCACCGCAUCACUGCAGCCGACCACACGCCCAGUGGUCUGGUCAAGAAAGAAGAAGCGAAGGAAGGGGUCGCUGUCUCCACCGCCGGCAUUUGCCACAGCUCCGAUACCGCCGGCUUCCAGCCCGGUCCUGCCGGCAUCCAUUCCGGUCCAGCCGGCACCCCAGCCGGUGUUCCAGCCGGCAAUCCAGCCUGCACCAAAGCCGGUGAUACAGCCUGCACCACAGCCAGUUGUCCAGCCAGCACCACAGCCGGCAGUCCAGCCGGCACCCCAGACGGAGAUCCAGCCGGCAUUCCCGGCGCCGGUUCAGCCGGUGUUUGCGACGGCACCUGUGGUCCCCCAAGGUCUUUUCCCCAUGCUACCCCACCCCUGACCGACCCUUCCCGUCCUGCCCCUCCCUCUCCUCCCAGCUCCAAGAAUAGAGCCCCAGCCCCCUCCUAAGCCUCCUCCCCCCAUCCCACCCAUGCCUAGUUUCCCCAAGUUCAGGUCCUUGAUUCUCCCUCCCCCCUCCCAUUGAUUCUUUUCUUGUUGUUUCACCACAAUCCCCUCAUUUCCUCCUCCAUGUUCCCCCUAGUUUGUGCAGUGCUUUGUCUGUGGUGUUUGUCCUCUUGUCUGUCUGUAUUGUCCUGCUGAGAUUUCUUCCUAGCGUCCCUUGGAGCGGGGAAACUGUCAGGAUUCUGUCCUUCCUGUCAUGGGUUUUCUAGUUUUCUGGACAGAGUCAUGACAGUACCAUGUCUUUGUGCUUGUUUUGUUAUGUGUGGGAACAUGUGGCCUUUGUUAUGACUUUGUGCCACAUGUUCUCCUGUCUCCUGUCUUGUGUCUUAGCCCCGCCCCUUGUUUUCCCUGUCAUCUCUCAUUAGUGUUUCAUGCCCCUCACCUGUCCAGUGUAAUCUCCCUUUAGUUAAUUUCCCGUUAGUGUUCAGUCCUGUAUUAUGUCCCCUAAUUAGUGUCCCUUUUUAAGGCCCUCGUGUUCUCUGUCCCGUGCGAGGCGUUUCUCCUGAACCCAGUGUGUUUACCUUGUUCUUGUGCCUUGACCGUGUUCCCGAUUUAUAUGGAGCGAAAAUUGUGCCU